AUGAAGCCGCUGUACCUCAACAGCGGAGCGUACAGCUUCACCGCCUUCGCUGGAGUCCCAGCUGUGGAGCUCAGAUUCACCGAGGAGCGGGCGUACCCGUUCGUCAACACGCCGCUGGACACCACCUCCCGCCUCCAGGAAGUGCUGGGGGGUCGUCUGGGGGUCACAGGGCGGAGCUUAGGGGAGCUGGUCGGGGAGAUGGCGCUGCGAUUGGCCCACGACCACAUCCUGCCGCUGCGCAUCACUUCCUACGGCCAGACGGUGCUGCAGCUGAGCGCUCAGCUCAACAAACACUCUGCGGAGCUGCAGUCCAGAGGGUUGUCCCCUCAGUGGGUCUUCAGCGCCAGAGGAGACUACAGCCGAGCCGCCGAGACGCUGCAGAGAGCCAUCGACUACAGCGACCUGCACGACCCGACCACCGCACGCCUCUACAACACCCGCAUCAUGAGGGUACAAGUACUGCACACACUACCUCUGAUACUGCUAACCUCUACUACACCUGGACCAUGAGGGUACAAGUACUGCACACACUACCUCUGAUACUGCUAACCUCUACUACACCUGGACCAUGAGGGUACAAGUACUGCACACAC